AUGUCGGUGAGAGUGGUCAAUGACACAGCAGUCCUCGAGGCUCAGGCUGCAUUGCAGCUUGACUUCAGGGGCCUCUUGCGCUUCCUGUACCUCAGUUUCCUCUACUGUCAGAUGGAUGUAGCAACAGUACCCUCCUUAGAGGUGCUGCCCAGCCCUCAGAACCACAUUGAGCUAAAUGUUGUCUCCUCGGAUCAGAUCGAACAACUGCACCGGAGGUUCAAGCAGCUGAGCGGGGACCAGCCCACUAUUCGCAAGGAGAACUUCAACAAUGUCCCUGACCUGGAGCUCAACCCAAUCCGAUCCAAAAUCGUUCGUGCCUUCUUCGACAACAGGAACCUGCGCAAGGGACCCAGUGGCCUGGCCGAUGAGAUCAACUUCGAGGACUUCCUGACUAUCAUGUCCUACUUCCGGCCCAUCGACACCACCCUGGGCGAGGAGCAGGUGGAGCUGUCCCGAAAGGAGAAGCUGAAAUUUCUGUUCCAUAUGUAUGACUCCGACAGCGAUGGCCGCAUCACCCUGGAAGAAUAUAGAAAUGUGGUGGAGGAGCUGCUUUCUGGAAACCCUCACAUCGAGAAGGAGUCAGCUCGAUCCAUUGCAGAUGGAGCCAUGAUGGAGGCGGCCAGUGUGUGCGUGGGGCAAAUGGAACCGGACCAAGUGUAUGAGGGGAUCACCUUUGAGGACUUCCUGAAGAUCUGGCAAGGGAUAGACAUCGAGACCAAGAUGCACAUCCGCUUCCUCAACAUGGAGACCAUCGCUCUCUGCCACUGACCCACCGCCACAGACCGUGCAAGGGGGGGGGGGAUGGGAAGCUGGGAGUGGCCAAGGCCUGUUGUUCAGCCCUUUGCCUAAGCUGCUGUGACAGUCUGUGCCCCUCCCUUUGCUUGUCCUUCCAGAGGGGUGUGGUGUGAGGGAUUCUGCUGUUUUUUUC